AUGUUAUCCAUCUAUUCAGGCAUGAGUUACAACCUCAAUCAUCAAACUGCUCUUGAUUGCUCGUCAACCAAAGAUCACCCCUUGUACAAUCCAUUACCUUUACUGCCAAAUGAACACUGCCCUUUACAACACACUGGCAGAAACAACUACAUGCAGCAAUCACAACCACAACCUCAAAUGAACAAUCAAUCCAUUGGCAUGCCAAUCAUUGACAAUUCAUUUUAUUAUCCUCUCUACAGCACAUUUACUCCUCCUCCUCCUCCACCACCACCACCACCUCCAGCUCCAGCUUCUUCUUCAGCCUCUGUCAACCACGCUCGUUUCUACCCUUCUCCAACUCCAUCGUUCCAUCAAACGCACCAUUUCCAUCAACAUCAGCCAGCUACGCAACAUGGCAUCAACAUGACAGUGUCUCCAUUGUUAAAUUCCUCGCAUUCACCCUGCCAAAUGUAUGAUAACUUUUUACCUAAUGACUACUAUAUGAUGCAACCCGGUAGACGCUCAUCUGUCAACACAUCACGCUCAUCAUCUCCUCAACAGCAAGAUACCCUCCACUCCAGAUCUGCAAGCCCAGUCAACAAGCGUUAUAGCUGUCGUAUUUGCAAUAAGCGAUUCACUCGUCCUAGUUCACUGACAACUCACAUCUAUAGCCACACAGGAGAGAAACCCUUCAAAUGUCCGGUUGCAGGAUGUGGUCGCAACUUUUCUGUUGUCAGCAACUUGAGACGACAUGCCAAAAUCCACGGCAGUAACAAUCAUAUCCUCAGCACCUCAUCCUCUUCUUCCACAGCCUACUCAUCCUACUCUCCUUAA